UCGUCUCGCUCCAAAGAUUGCCCCGGUCAAAGCCCAGAAUUUUAUUUGGAUUUGUGGAGCGCAGGGAUCACUCGCUGGAUCCAGUUUGGCAAUCGCAUUUUACAAAUUCUCACUCUUCUUCUUCCAGCGCUAAUGAAGAAUCUCUUGUGUUGUCGUUACUAAACGCGCCAGGGAGGAAUUCCCGUUCGAUCUCCACGCUAUAUAUUCUAACAAUUCUCCUUGGUGGGAGACGUUUGGAGAUCUUCCUCUUGUCAAGACCCGUGGCCCCGGCUCGCCACAAAGAAAAAUCGUUUUCUUCUUUCUUUCUUAGGAGGAGGGGAAGGGUUGAUGCAGUCGAUAGCAAGACUUAUAACUCUCCUCUUUCUUCUCCGGAGUAGUGUUUCUCGAGAGAUCUCGCGCCGCCGCCUCGAUGUUGCAUCACGCAGAUAGCCGGCUGCUGAAUGCGUUCCCGUUUUCAGGAGCAGAAUCAGCAAUUGCGGCCGUCAAUCUGUCUCAGCUGCUGCUCUCGUCCACCACAUCUGCAUCCAGCAAUCCACAGCAGAAAUCAGCAGCAACAGCUUGCGCUAGCGUCGCUCACAGCCCUCUCAAUUCCGAAGGCUCCUCGACGAACAGCACCACCACCACCACCACCACCAAUCUUGAAUGUUCCACAUCCAUACAAGCUCCACCACCACAAGCCAUCCAUUCCUCGGUCUGGUCCGAGAUCUUGAAUGGUGCUGCUUCUAAUUCCUUCAUGGGUGACAACUUAGAGAACGCGCUUCCAACUUCGUCCAGUUUGAGCUCCACCGCGCCACCGGUCACGAGCAGCGGCACGGCAGUCUCAUCAUGGUGGAGCGGGCGAGAUCAGGAUGAUCAGCUCCCAGCCGUGAACUGGAACCAGACCGCUGGAUCCACCCAAGGCUUGCCGGAUCUCGAAGGUGGAGACUGGUCGCCGGGACAAUUGGGUUGCCUCCCCACGGCUCCAGAAGUGAACGAGCAGCUCCCCAGCCACCAUAUGGCGAUCGAGCACAGCGAUUUCACCUCCACCAUGAACACCACCCUGGUGGAUCCCGAUCAGAUUUCCGGCAAUCCAGCUUCAUGGGGCUCCAUUCUCAUAGGGAGCUCCGGGAAUGAGGAAGCUAGCCUUGACAACGAGGCCUUCUUCUCCAGCAUGAAGCUCUUGAACAAGGCCGUGUCAGAGCCGUGGCCCGAGUUUAGUCCUCUCAAGAGCUCGGCCGCUGCUUCUGGAUUCGAAAGCAUUGACGACAUGAUGAUCAAGCAGCAGCAGCAGCAAUUCUCGCUGCCGGGCCAUCACUUAAACAUGGAUUCGAGCACCAAUUGGUCAUCGAGAGCAGCAGCAGUUACCAGCAGCCUGGACGGUUUUGGAGGCUCCCAACUCAUUGGAGGCAGGAGCAAGAUCAAGCAAGAGAUGGAUGCACAGUUCCUCAUCACCCAACAGCAGCAGCAGCAGCAGCAGCACUCGAUGCUUCCACCACCACCGACGAUUCCAAAUCCAAACAACGUCAUGAUGAGCAGCGAGGUGCCCAGCCCUAGCAGAUGGGGAGCUCACUCUAGCAGAUUACCAGCCAUGCUCUCGCAAGUUCUUCCCUCAACUUCGAAGCGUGGUGGAAACCUGUUUGGAUCCGGUUCGAGGUCUUUUGGAAACUAUGUGAGCCCGAAAGCCGAGCCAGCUUUGUACUCGAACAGCAAAGGCCAGCAGCAGCAGAGAGAACAAAGCUGCUCCAUGUCCCAGCACAGCUCGGGAAUCACCUCACAACAUUCGCAUGACAGCAAAGAUUCUCAUGCCAGCAAACACUUGAUGGAUGAAAGCCGAGAGGUUUUGUCGUCCGAGCCUGUUUCAAAGCGAGGAUCAAACAGCAGCAGCGAUCAUCCAGAGACAUUCUUCAAGAGGCCAAGGAUAGAGCAGCAGCAGCAGCAGGCAGCUCCAACUUUACCUUUCAAGGCCACCACAUUCGUUUUGCAGGUGCGGAAGGAGAAACUGGGUGAACGGAUCACAGCACUCCAGCAGCUAGUGGCUCCAUUUGGAAAGACUGACACUGCUUCUGUCCUUCUGGAGGCCAUAGGCUACAUUAAGUUCCUGCACGAACAAGUCCAGGUUCUAAGCACACCGUACAUGAAGAACGCAGUUGCAGGCGCUGGAGUCCCGGGGAGGCCCAAUGUGGUGGAGGGUGCGAUGAAAGGAUCAUCCUCGUCUUGGGCGAUGAGUUCUUCCGAUGCAUCGAACAAAUCCAGAGACAACGACGAGCCAAGGCAGGAUUUGAGGAGCCGAGGGCUUUGCCUGGUUCCAAUCUCCUGCACACUCCAGGUUGCCAAUGACAAUGGUGCCGAUUUUUGGACUCCGAACAUUGGGGGAGGGGGUGGCGGUGGUGGCGUUGCUGGUGGUGGUGCCGCUGGAGGUGGCGGCUCCGCCAAAUGAACAGGAUCAAUCUAUCAUAGAUCUUUCAGCGACGUUAACGCGCACGUCACCUCUCCAAGUACGUAUAUAGAUUAUGUACGUUAGAUCAAGACUUCGAGCAUUCGAUCAUUCGAUUUAGCUAUGUCUACGCCCAACGUUCUCUAUUCUACUACUGCAGUACGUACAGCCGCUUGCGAGAAGAUCAUCCAAGACACACAAGCUCACAUUGGUGAUCGACCGCUUCAUAUGUGAGUGACCGUAUAACUAUAAAUAUUGUAGAUAGCCACCUAACAACAUUUUCGUUGGACACUCUAACUUGAUUAUUUCGCUAAUUACCAAAUUAAUAAAAGGUUCCCCGCCAA